AGUCCAAUAGCGACUCUGGGUUGCAUAAUACAGCUCCACAGUGACGCCAUCGACAAUCACAGGGCGCUCGGCAACAAGCAUGGCCUUGCUGGGAAGAGGGAUCUGCCCUUGGAGGACGACUUCAAAUCAAGUGCCCUGAGAAUAGCGGACGAGAAUGUAAUACACACCAUCAUCGACUUCCUGUCCUACCUGAAGCUGAAAGAAAUGGGAGCCCUUGAGAAUGUGUCCCCCUCCCUCACAUCAGAAGAGUUGGGCCAGCCUUAGCCGGGCUUGGCGUCCCGUGUCCAGGACCUGAUCCCGCCUCGGUACCCCUAAUCACGCACUUUCCAAACAGACCCAGACACUCUGGCUGCUGCAGCCCAAUCUGCUAGGACCUUCCCUCCCGCUCAACUCCUCCCAACAAACAAAGGAUUGAGUUUUUGUUUUUAUUUGUUUUUCUUUAUUCCCAGUCAGUGGUUUUUGGAAAAAUUAUGUCUUAUGAAUAAUAAAACUAGUUAAGUGCACUGGA